UUAUCCAUUGUACAGAAGUGCCGAAAAUCGUCUUAAACUUCUGGAGAAGAAAUUGCUCCACGAAAAAUAGCCAAAGCAGUGCGAGAAAAUGGAACGCCCAAUACACUGAAAGCGGUUGAUUCUACGAAAAAUCAUAAUUCUUCAGUUGCUUUUUUGGGAAAAAGUUGGUGUAUAAACAUAAUCAUAAAUCCAUUAUCGAAUUUUCAGUGGUGACAAGCCGAAAGAAACACCGAAGUUCAGUGGGUUCGCGGAUCUCGCACAGAAAGCCAUGGAGAAUCAGAAUCAGGCAUAACGAGAAGUUGGCGAGGAUGAUGAACGAAAAUUAGAACCUCAAAAGAUGGAGACUGACGAAGAUCAAGAGCUGGAUGCAGUGCUCAGCAGCAAGUUAGUUUCGAAGCAUAGUUUUAAUGGACCAUGUUCAUUUUUCAGUAUAAGUGUUCUAAUUCCAAGGAAAAGAAUACACGAAGCUUGGAGUUGGAAUACUACACGUUAAAAACACUGAUAGAAAAUUCAGCGAUGAAGGCAAUAGCUGUAGACGCAAAGGGGGAACGGAUCCGGCUGACUUGUCCAACUUCGAGAACCGAAAUGGCUACGAUGAUGAUUCGAUAA